UGUAACCCUGCCUGGUAGCGAUGCCACAGUCUCAGAGCGCGCGCGCGGAUAGCACACUGAAAGCACCCUGCCGCACCUAUAGGAGCGUUUGCUCGCGGUCCCAGAAGAUGGUCUGAACUCACGCGCUUUCCACCCCUUCAAGAGCUCCCGCUGAGUGCCGCAAUGUUGACUAGGCUGUUCAGUGACCCGUCGCUGCUUCCCGACAUGCAUAAGUAUUCGGCCUGGGCAGAGGACAGCGAGAGCGAGGACUCGAAGACCAAGGAUGAUGAAGAUCACUGCCGCGUGGGCGAUGACGACAUGGAUGUCCCGGACCUGAGAAGCAGCCGGGCACAUUCUGAGAUCGGCGGUGAAGACGAGGACGACGACGAGGCGGAUGAGGACGAAGGAGAGGACGGUGCAGAGGGGGACGGGCCCAAAAAACGGGGCCCUAAGAAGCGUAAAAUGACACCUGCCCGUAUCGAGCGCUCCAAGUUGCGUCGUCAGAAGGCAAACUCACGGGAGAGGACGCGCAUGCACGAUCUGAACUCUGCGCUCGACAAUCUGCGCAAAGUCGUGCCCUGUUACUCCAAAACGCAAAAGCUCUCCAAAAUCGAGACUCUCCGUUUGGCCAAGAACUAUAUCUGGGCCCUCUCUGAGAUCCUGCGCUCCGGGAAGAAGCCUGAUAUUGUGUCCUACGUGCAGACGCUGUGUAAAGGAUUGUCCCAACCCACGACCAACCUGGUUGCGGGUUGUCUGCAGCUCAACUCCCGAAACUUCCUAACGGAGCAGUGUCCGGAGGGGGGACGCUAUCCCAGCUCCAACUCCUUCUCCAUGCAUCCUUACCCCUACCAGUGCUCCCGUCUCUCCAGCCCUCAGUAUCAGUCUGGUUCCAGCUCGCAUCCCUUACGGACACAAGGGUACUGCUCAGCCUACGAUUCACUGUACGGUGGCAGUGGAUCUCCAGAAUACAACAGCCCAGAGUAUGAGGGGCCCAUCUCCCCUCCCGUGUGCAUCAAUGGCAACUUUUCUCUGAAGCACCAGGGCACUACGUCCCCCGAGGUAGCCGAGAAAGGCUAUCAUUACUCUAUGCAUUACUCCGGCCUGGCCGGCUCUCGCCCCACUGCUGGCCACAUAUACGGUUCUUCAGGUGUGCGGAGCAGCAUCCACUCUGAAAACGUAUCGCCUUACCACGACAUGCACCUGCACCACGAAAGGGCCCCCGUCCCCGUAUACGAUGAACUCAAUGCGUUUUUCCACAACUGAAACGGCAGUAAUAUUGCCAUGCGUGGGAGAGUCUUCUUGCAAUCAACAAUCAAUUAGUUUCCCACCUUUGGCAAGGAGCGUGCACGGUCACCCCCCAGCCCCUACCCUAAUACUUAGUCUCAAAGGACUAUGACACCAGACACUGAUCAUUGCGGAAACAGCGUUUUAUUUAUUGUUUUUCUAUGUCCUUUUAUAUAAUUGUAUUUAUUUUGUUUCUAUUCUGUGACGAUGGGAUGCUGUGAAAAUGUUGCAUUUGAAAUGGAAUGUGUACAGAUUUGACGGUGAUUGACGUAUGGGUGGGUUAUUAUUGAAAUUGCUAGAUGAACAGAGUUCAAAUGCAACCGCAUAGUCACGUUUAUAACAUUGUAACAACCGAUGAUGCUGUAACUAAUUUGGAAAUAAUAGCCUAGUAUGAAAAUAGAGGAUUCAAUUAAGAAGCAAGCAGUGCACUUAAAAGCAAGCAUGUCGCAGAGAUAGGAAGAUAUAUAUUUUUUAAAUGUCGGCAAUUGGCAACAGCUAUGUCAGAACAUUAAACACAUUUCACAUCUAUGCAAGAAAUAGCCUACGCCAAACGAGUAUACAAGGACCAACUAUAGGCUACAUCUAAAAUAGUGUACAUUAAAUCAUUCAUUUAAAUCUUCUCAACAAUAUACUUUCAUUGCUUCUCAGCCCCUAUUCUGACUUACCAUAACACACACGGUGGGGAAUUGCUUGACGUCUAUUUUUGCUAUUGAGGGACAUGGAUUCAAGUCACCAUAAUGACACAGAGAAUACAAUUGUCGAUCCCUAGAAUACCACCAAUGGAUAAGGAAAAGCAAAGGAAAAGCAAACACUACUUGGCAGAGUAGGCCUAUAAGGCUAAAGCCAACAUUUUAAAUUAACGAUUCUAAAGAAGCAGAUAUGGGCUCAUGCUACCGGUUCCGGCUGGUCAAGUCCUUCUAAUGUAAACGAUUCGAUGGUGUUUACGUUCAUUAGAUGAGGCUACCUUUAAUGGAUUUGCAAGUUUGCACUAGAUUUUAGAUUGCAUUAAAAUGCAUUCGAAAAUGGUUUAAUGUAAGCCAAUAGCCUUUGCCUUUAUACAUCUACUGGCCUUUAUACAUCUACAAUCCUGUCAGUGACUGGACGGAAAAUGGGACAGGGCGACAUUAAUAUAUGCUAAACACAAUAUUUCAUGUCAUGCCACAGGAACAAAUAUGGCAAGUCAAGUAACUUUCUAAAUCAAUCGAGCACAUUGACUUGUUGAAUAGGACUAUUUCUAAAAGUGUAAGGGCCAGGAUUUAGCACUCAAUUUCGAAAUAGUUAUAUCAGAAGGUCGAUAUAUUGCACUGAAAUAACAUGAUUAUUACUAUUAUUGUUAUUAUUAUUUACAAACAGUUUUAUUUAAUGCAUAAUUUUGCCUAUAAUAACUAAUCAAUGCAAAUAUUUCCACUAAGGGUCCCCAGAGUCGUCAACAUGUGUUGCAUUUUUCAUUGAAAGUGAAAGUUGAAACUUUGUAUUUAAACAAUGUGUGGUAAAAUAAAAU